GUCACAAAUUUUGACACGUUUCGGCUACGUCUGCGGCUCAUUCGGUUGCGUUCCGUCUUUCUUGGCCCACACAAGCCCAAUCCAAACUUUCGCUUCACCAGUGCCACAUCCUCCAGAGCGAGCCCGUCAGAGAAAAAGUUUUUUUGGGUUGAAAAUGGCCGAACCGCAAACUACCAGCUCCGGAUUCACGAAGGAGGAGGAACUGCUGCUGCAGGAUUUCAGCCGGAACGUUAGCACCAAGUCCAACGCGCUGUUCUACGGCAAUGCCUUCAUCAUCUCGGCCGUUCCGAUCUGGCUGUUCUGGAGGGUGCACCAGAUGGAGCUGCUGCCGUCGCUGGUGUUCUUUGCCAUCGUGACCGGUCUGUGCACGUACCUGAUGGCGAUGGCCUACAAGAACACCAAGUUCUCGCUCAAGCACAAGAUUGCCAACAAGCGCGAGGACGCCGUGACCCGCGAGAUGACCGCCCUGCUGGCCGACGACAAGAAGAUCAGCCGCAAGGAGAAGGACGAGCGCAUCCUGUGGAAGAAGAACGACGUGGCCGAGUACGAGGCGACCACCUUCUCGAUCUUCUACAACAACGCCCUGUUCCUGGCGGUGGUCAUCUUUGCCAGCUUCUACCUGCUGCGCUCGUUCCAGCCCACCUUCAACUACAUCUUCUCGGUGGCCGGUGCCGGCGGUCUGAUGGCCCUGCUUUCCACCGGAAAGUCGGCGUAAAGCCGUCCACCGGACGCACGCAUUUAAGCUAAGCGAAGGCAGAUUUUUCUUCUUCUUUUUUACUCCGUUACUCAUUCAUAUUAUAAUUUAAAAAAACAUUUUCGUCACACAAACGACAUCUAACCAGGUUUUUUUCGUUUCUAAUGCGUUGAGUACUGAUUGAUAGUGGGAAGAUUUUUACUUCCUAAAAACCUAGAUUAUGUAAGACAAGCGAAAUAAAACGACGCAGAAAAGAUGGCAAACCUUUCGUUACUGUAAUAGAACAAAUCGGAAAAGAACAGUUUUGUGUGUACUGCAAUAAAUGGCGUUAACGCGUGAAAAGGAAA